GUUUUUGGAUGCAGGGCCAGGAGCAGGCGAGCUGGUGGAAAGGGAGGGGGGGGGGGGGGGGGGGGGGGGGGGGGGGGGGGGGGGGGGGGGGGGGGGGGGGGGAGAGAGGGGGAGCGGGUGAGCGAGGGAGGAGGAUCGAGAACGGGAGGUUUGGCAACAACGGCAACAGAGAGAGAGAGAGAGAGAGAGAGAGAGAGAGAGAGAGAGAGAGAGAGAGAGAGAGAGAGAGAGAGAGAGAGAGAGAGAGCGAGAGAGAGAGAGAGAGAGAGAGAGAGAAGACCGACAUGGCCUGAAGCGGGCAUGUCCCUCGGGGACU